AUGAGCUUGGAUAUUUCUAAAUUGUCAUUGAAAAAUGACAGCGACGACGCGUCGUCUGUGCAAUCUUUCAGAAAUGAUUAUAUUGACAAGCCAUUUUCUGGUAAACAGGAGCAGUUUGAGCAAGUGCUUGAUAUUUUGGAUUCCACGGGGUUCAUCCCUGAAGCUUUGAUUGAGCUGGAAGCAACUUGGUUUUACUCUUCUUUGGGAAUUGAUGACGUGUUUUUUGCCCGCGAGUCUCCUCAAGGGAUUGCCUCCCAUGUUCAUUCGCUUUACUCUUGUAAAGUACAAGCUUUUGCCUCUGGAAUUGACGCCCAGGACAAACCUUUGAUUCGUUACAAAAAGGAAGCCGAGGACCACGCUGUAUUCUUCGAUACUCACAUUCCAGGGAAUGUCAGUGGACCAGCAAGCUUUGAUGUGACAAUUGACGACAGCUACAUUGAUCCUUCUUCUGGUACUGACGCGUACAGGCUUGAGUAUUUUUCAGCCCCCUUGAACUACAAGAGUGACCCGAUUUUGUCAGGUGUAUCGCUGAAAGUUUCGGCCAAUCCUGACUCUGCUGCUGCUUUUGCCCUGCAAACCGUCAAGUGUCAUUUCAUUUACAAAGUGAAGUACGCUCAACCAGGCGCUGACCCUAAAGAAACAGAUAUCAACAAGAUCGGUGAUGAGACUUUCCUCAAGAUCGUGUCUCCAAACACGAAAUCUCUUUACGCUGACAUCAUCAGGCGUGUCGUGGGCACCACGGGCCCAGUCAUCCAACAUUUUGCUGUCGAAGAAUCUGAAGAGUACAGAGUCGUGAUUGGAUACCGCCAGCAAACCUCGCCACACUACAACUCUGCCCUCUCGGAAUUGGCUGACUACUAUAAGCUCACGACGACAAGAAAAUACGUCGAGCAGUUUUCUAACGGUGUUACUGUGAUCUCGAUGUACAUCAAGGCCAACCAGAUGGGUUCAAAAAAGACCCCCAUCGACUUGCUGAUUUACCAGGUGAUUAAGGAGGCUUCUUUGUUGUAUUGCAUUCCACACAACUUUUUCCAAGAAUCAUUCGUCAAGAACGAAUUGUCGUUGCAAGAGUGUAUAUACUCCCAGUGUGGUGUGAUUUUUGUCACUCACUUUUUGAACAGAUUAGGACCGGAGUACACCAAAUUGUCUCAGUUGCUUGACCCAAGUAAACUGAUUCAGCAUGCCGAGGUUUUGAACUCAUUGAAGAAGCGUUUGCGGGCUGAGACUUACACUCAGGAAUAUAUCAAAGAGGUUUUCAGUACUAGAAAAGAUAUUGUCCGCAAGCUUUACCGUCUGUUUGCUGAUGUGCACUACAUCAGACUGUCAACUGAGAAGACUUUGUCCUACCAAAGACUUUCUCAAAUCACUCCGGUAGGAUCUGAGGAAGAUUUCACCCACUUGCUCAACAGAGAAUGCUCACAAAAUGAACACCACGCGAUCGUCUUGAGAGCUCUCUACAUGUUCAAUGCUGCAGUUCUCAAGACUAACUUCUACACGUCGACUAAAGUGGCUAUUUCUUUCAGAUUGAAUCCUUCGUUUUUGCCAAUUUCCGAAUAUCCUGAGACUCCAUUCGGUAUGUUUUUCAUCGUGGGUUCUGAUUUCAGAGGCUUCCACAUUAGAUUCCGUGACAUUGCAAGAGGCGGUAUUCGUAUUGUGCGCUCCAGAUCUAUGGAUGCAUACAAAGUGAAUGUGCGUAACUUGUUUGAUGAAAACUACAACUUGGCGUCAACUCAACAAAAGAAGAAUAAGGAUAUUCCAGAGGGUGGCUCGAAGGGUGUAAUUUUGCUUGAUCCUGGUGCAGCUCAAGAAACUCCUAAAGCGUCGUUCGAGAAGUACAUUGAUUCUUUGAUUGACUUGUUGCUCAAACAACACGUUCCAGGAUCAAAGGAAAACUAUGUCGACCUCUAUAACAAGCCCGAAAUUCUUUUCUUGGGCCCAGAUGAAGGAACCGCUGGGUAUGUUGAUUGGGCUGCAUUCCAUGCUCGUGGAAGAGGUGCGCCUUGGUGGAAGUCUUUCUUCACAGGUAAAUCGCAACAGAUUGGAGGCAUCCCCCAUGAUGAAUAUGGUAUGACUACUUUAUCUGUACGCGCUUACGUGAACAAGAUUUACGAAAAGCUCAACGUUGAUGAUUCAUGUAUCAGAAAGGUGCAAACUGGUGGACCAGAUGGUGAUUUGGGGUCCAACGAGAUCAAACAGUCCAGAAACGAGAAGUAUGUCGGUAUUGUUGAUGGUUCUGGUGUUAUUGCUGACCCAAGUGGAUUGGACAAACAAGAGCUUCUUCGUCUCGCCCACGAAAGAAAGACGAUCGACCACUAUGACAAGUCAAAGCUCUCGAAGGAUGGAUUUGUUGUUUUAGUUGAUGACGUUGAUGUAACUUUGCCAAAUGGAAAGGUGGUUACAUCUGGUGUCAGUUUCCGCAACACAUUUCACGUGAAGUUGAAGGAAGUCUACGGCACCAAUGGUGUGGACUUGUUUGUUCCCUGUGGCGGCCGCCCCGCUGCCAUUGAUACUAACAAUGUCAUGGAGUUAAUUGACCAAAAAACUGGAAAAGGUAUAAUUCCAUACAUUGUCGAGGGUGCCAAUCUCUUCAUCACUCAAUCAGCCAAGCUCAUAUUGGAGAGUGCUGGAUGUAUCGUGUUCAAGGACGCUUCCACUAAUAAAGGUGGUGUGACUUCCUCUUCAUUGGAGGUUUUGGCUGCACUCUCAUUCGACGACAAGGGAUUCUUGGCGAAUAUGUGCGUGGAUAGUGACGGCGUGAAACCAGACUUUUACGAGCAAUAUGUCUCCGAAGUUCAAAAGAAGAUUGUUUCAAAUGCUCAAUCUGAAUUUGAAGCCUUAUGGAUGCUCAGAAAUCAGACUGGCGAGCCAAUAACCGAGUUGUCAGACAAGCUCUCCAAAGCCAUUAACAAGUUAGCAGAUGAGUUGGCUAACUCCAAGGAAUUGUGGAGUGAUGAUCAAGAUUUCAGAAACGCGGUUUUGGUUGACGCCCUCCCUCCCUUAUUAUUGAAGUCGAUUGGAAUCAAGCACAUACUUCAGGGCGUGCCAGAGGCAUACCUUAGGGCUUUGUUUGCGACUAGCUUGGCCUCCAAAUUCGUUUAUUCCAGAGGUGUUGAUUCUAACCCAGCCAAGUUCUUGGAGUUCAUUUCUUCGAUUAGAAAAGAGUUUGUGGCUAAGAAGCUCUUGUGA